AGCACUCACUCACUCGCGUGGCCCUCCAUUCCGUCCCGCGCUACAGUUCAGAGCACCAAGCCUGUUAUCCCCUCUCGGCGGGAGUGAAGGGCGGCGGACUUGAAUGUGAUAGCGAAGCAGAAGUAGUUGCACACGCGCUUCUGAAGACAAGCGAAGCACUUCCUCCUGGAGAACGAUCGAUAAACUAAUGCUGGCUUCGACUUGAAGCAUCGGUCUCUACGAACCCCGACUUUCUCGUACUCUCCCUCGCGAUAAUCAUGGCGUGUCGUCGCAGUGCGCCGCUCCUCCUCUCCCUCCUCUCCCUCCUCUCGCUCCACCGCCUCGCCCACGCGGCCACAUCUCCGCAGCCAACGCGGUUCGAGCAGGCGAUGGCGGAGACCCUCACGAUGAGCGCUGACCGCAAGGCGCAGCUGCAUGCCAGGGUGCUCCGCGACGCCAUGCUCGACGACCUGUCGCUCGGCGACGAUUCCGGCGACGAGGCGUGGCGGCGGCGGCUGAAGGGCGGCAUGAAGGGGCGCGACGUGGGGCUGACGCCGCCCGCGCUGAACUCGGGGCCGAGCAUGGCGGACGUCAACGGCACGCUCUUCCGCUACGCGUCCGUCACGCCCAAGGCGUCCGUGGACUGGCGCCAGACCAUGUACAUCUCGCCCAUCCAGCGCCAGUUCGAGUGCGCUAGCUGUUGGGCGAUCGCAGCCGUCGAUUCCAUCGCCAUGAUGUGGGCCAUCACCACCAAGACGGAGCCCGUCGUGCUGUCGCCGCAGCAGGUGUGCGACUGUGCGACGAAGCAGUGCUGCGGCGGCGGGUGGGCGGACUGGGCGUUUUCGUACGUGCUGUUCAACGGCGGCAUCCAGGCGGAGGAGGACUACGCGUACGUCGCGCAGGACAGCACCGUCUGCAACCUCAACGCCUCCGCGCCCACAGCCGCCAAGAUCACGGGGUGGGAGCUGGUGCCGCCGUACAGCGCCGUGUCGCUGAUGAAGGCCGUCAGCAUGCAGCCCGUCGUGGCGUUCCUCAGCGGGUCGGAGCGCGACUUCCAGAGCUACUCGUCGCGCGGCAAGCUCAGGAUAUACGGGUCGCCGGAGCUGCCGGGGCUGUGCUCGACGGACAUCAACCACGUGGUGGUGGUGGUGGGGUACAACUACACAGGCGCCGGCAAGGCGGGCAGCUACUGGAUCCUCAAGAACUCGUGGUUCAGCACGUGGGGCGACGCCGGCUACAUGUACCUCGCCAUGUCGCCCGACGUGCGCGGGAAGUGCGGGCUGCACGCCUUGCCCGCCAUGUAUCCGGUGUACUACCCCUUCGGCCCGCAGCCGGUGCGCUUCAGCGGCAAGCAGCGCGACGACAGCGACGGCCGCUGGUGGACCAAGCCCUUCGUCGCGUCGUCCGACGCGUGCCAGGCGCUCAUCAACCCGUGCGGCGCGGGCGAGUGCUACACCAAGAACGGCGCGGCGCGCUGCGACUGCAGCGGGCCGGAGAACAUGGUGGAGGUGGUGGGCGUGCCGACGAGCAAGUGCGCGCCCAAGUUCCCCUGCAACGCCACGGCGCUCAACCCCUGCGGCGCCGGCACCUGCAGCAACACCGGCACGGGCGCCUACACCUGCCAGUGCCCCGCGGGCUACGCCAUCGGCGCGGAGGCGGACGGCUCGCUGACGUGUGUGGGCGUGGCGGGCGCCAACGCGUCGUCGCUCACCUACACCUCCGUCCCGGGAGACACGUGCGCGGGCAUCGCCGCGGCGUACAACACCACCACAGCCAUCCUCGUCGCGCUCAACCCCUUCCUCAACUGCUCGCAGAUCUACAUCCCUCCAGGCUUCGCGCUGUCGCUCUCCAACUCCUCUGCGCCCGCCACCCCCGUGUGCACGGCGUCAUACCUGGUGCGCGCCAACGACACGUGCGUGGGGCUCAUCGCCGCGCUCUUCAGCGGCAGCGAGGCCGCCUUCCGCCAGGCCAACCCGCUGCUCUGCACUGCCGACCGCCCCGCAUUGCUGCCCUCGCAGCAGGUGUGCGCGGCGGCGGCGCCGUUGAGUGCGGCGAAUGCGACGGUGCUGCAGUGUGGUCAGACGUACGUGGCGGUGGUGGGCGACUCGUGCAGCGCCACCGCCAUCAAGUACAACCUCACCCUCGCCACCUUCACGCAGUUGAACCCAGCGCUAGACUGCAGCAAGGACGCCGUGGACGCGGGCAAUUACCUCUGCGUCGCGCCCAAGUCAGACAAGACGGUGGUGAACUGCACGGCGUGGUACACGGUGCUGCAGGGCGACAACUGCCCCAACAUCUGGAACGCCGCCAACCUCACCGAGGCCACCUUCCUCGCCAUCAACCCCGGCAUCAGGUGCCAGGCGCCAUACCUGCAGGUGGGGCAGAAGGUGUGCACCAACUCGCCCAGUCUCGCGGCCCUCGUGGCCGCCACCAACACCAGCUUCUCCCUCUACACCGUCAAGUCCGGCGACACACUCGCCUACAUCUCGUCCCGGUUCGUGAACCGCUGCACGCCCAACUCGGUGUCGCCGGCUGCCAUUGCGGCGUACAACAACAUCCUUGAGACGGCCGUGCUGCUCGUCAACGCCACGCUCAUCAUCCCCUGCAACGUGCGCAUCGGCGCCAUCGACUGCGGCUGUGCCACGUCACUGCCCGUGUGCGGGUCGGACUACGUGACGUACCCGUCGUACUGCGACGCCGUGUGCAACUAUGCCACGCCCAUCUUCCAGAACGACGUCUGCACCGGCUGCAAUGCCGCCUGCAUGGGGCGCGCCGGCGCUGCACCGGCGGCUGGGUUUGGAUGCACACAGGCCAUCUGCCCGUACCCCACAUGGCCACCACCUGACAGCGACUGCUCGUUGUGGCUGGGGGACAGCGAGGGCAAGUGCUGCGGGUACGUGAAGACGACGUGUGAGAACGUGUGCACGGACUUCAAGGUGGCCAUGGGCGGCACGUCGACACAGCAGGCCACCAACUACAAGACCUGUUACAACGCAUGCACGUGCUGCAAGCGCAUCCCCUGCGGCUUCAACUGCACCGCACCCUCCUCCUGCUGGAAUGAGAACCCCCGCCGCUGCUCCUACUCCAUAGCCACGGGCCACCUCUGGCAGUGCGUCAACUGGCCCGCCGCCACCCCCCUGCCAUAGGCUGGCGCUGUCUGACUUUCGACUUGUUGGUUCCUGCUGACAGAAUUGCAAGGAUGAGGAAAUAUGGCAAACGAGGGUGUAAAAUGGGAACAGUAUAUGGUACAACUAAUUUUGAAGGGAUGGUAAGUGUGGCGAGCUAGGGGCUAGUUGAUGCUUGCGAUACUGUGCUAUUUCAUUUAUUUGUUUGAUACAUGAGUCAAUAAGUUGGCUGUAACAGUGUUCCUGUGGAGCAGAGCAACCACUGUGCAGCUUAGCAUGAUGUCAAGAGCAAGAAAAAGUUGGACUAGGAAGAUGAGAGGGGAGUUACAAGUAGAUUGAGUU